CAAAACCCGUUUCUAUCCGCGCUCUUGCUAUUCCGACCAUCUAACAUCUGGAGAGAGUAGCAAUGGCCGAUUAUUUCCAAAUAAACCCGCAAGAAUUGGAUGGUGAUGGAGAGCUCUGGAAACUUCUCCCCUCUGAUAUUUUCCCUUUUGAUCAUCAAAUUACCUCUUCCAACCUUAACCAUCCAACCUACUCCUGCUAUAACCACUACAACUACUCUCUUGCUCAGCAGCAGCUUUCAUGCAUGGGCUUUGAAGACCGCCUUUCUCAAAGCUUAGCUGCUCUCUCUUUUUCUCAAGAUUCUGGACUCAGCCCACCAUCACAUGGCUUCGUCACACCUCCUCCAAACUUGCGACGGUUUAGACCGGCGGUUCAGUGCGUUUGCCGUGCCGGUUCAUUACCCGUCCGGUGCCUUGUGUGCGAUGGAUGUCUGUCUGGAACUAACCAUGUCCGUACUGGGUUCAGAAAUGAAGCUUUUUCGACCGGUGAUCUACCGGUUUACCCCUGUCACUUUAUGAAUUCCAAUCCAAACCCGGUUCUUUCUCUGUCAGAACGCUUUAUUGAACAACAAAGACUAAUAAGGAGUUUUCUGGAGCGGCAGAGGCGGUCUACUGCGAAUCGGGUAGUGGAGAACCGGUUUGUUCCAUUUUCAGGCGGUUGUGGGGGAAAUAGGAUUGGUCACGGGACAGGAGAUUAUGGGGGGACGGGGGUUUUUCUACCUCGCAUACCAGCCAACAGCAGUUCCGCAACUUCAGCUGACCGUAUGAAUGAUCAUCCCAAGAGAAGACAGGGUGCCAGGAGCAGACAUGGAGAGGAGGCUCAGAUUCUACCUCCGAGGAACAGUUUCAUGAAUAUGGCUCAAAUGAAAAAGCAAGAAGUUUCUCCUGAUAUGGGCUUGCCUGCGGAAUGGACCUAUUGAGUAUCUCUCUUCCUCAGCCAUCAAUGCACCCCAGGGUGCACAGUCAAAGAAGAAGGGAUUGAUGGAUGAUGGCCCUUCUUUCCUGUUCGUUCCUAGCAAAGUAGAGAAUAUAGAAAGUAGUAGUAGCAGCUCAAGGACUGGUCCAACCUCUUUUUAACUUUUGUCUCUUGUUCGCCUGAUCUGAAGUUGUCUUUUUGGUUGGUCUUGACCAAGCUUCAUAUUUGGGGGCGAGUAAUGUAACAAAUAUAUUUUUUUAACAAUUUUAACAUGAGUUAGGAGCGUGGUCUGAA